CGAGAAAAAGAAAGGGGACAGAAUGUUUCAUUGAGAGUACAAAUGGGUACAAUUCCGCUGCCCAAAUUUGAAUCGCAAACCAUUUAUUCCAUCAUUUGGUUCAGCUUUUCACACAUCUUAGAACCCAGAAGCUCUGUUUUUUUCUAAGGGGUUUCUCGCAAUCAGUGGCGAUGGAGGUUGGGAAGAGGCUUGAGGAGGAAGCUGGGCCGUCGUCUGCCGGAAAAGUUGAUGAGUUCCGGUGGGAAAAGCAGAGUGAGGAGUCCGAGGUUGGAGAAGAAGAGGUUGAUGGUAAAGAUGGGUUCACACCAGGGCCUCUGCUUUCGCUCAAGGAACAACUUGAGAAGGACAAGGAUGAUGAAAGCCUGAGGAGGUGGAAAGAAAAGUUGCUUGGUUGCUUAGAAAGUGAUCUAAGUGAACAAAGGGAACCUGAGGUCAAGUUUCAUUCCAUUGGAAUCAUUUCUGAUGAAUUUGGGGAAAUCAAUACUCCAUUGCCUGUAAAUGAAAAUCAAAAUGGUCGUGUUCUUUUUACUCUUCGAGAGGGAUCUCGAUAUCAACUUAGGUUGACGUUUACGGUUAUGCAUAACAUCGUCUCGGGCCUGUCCUACUCAAACAAAGUCUGGAGAGGAGGAUUGAUAGUCGAUCGGACUCAAGGAAUGUUAGGCACUUUUGCUCCUCAACGCCAACCAUAUGUUGAAACCUUGGAGGAGGAAACCACUCCAUCUGGUGUUCUUGCAAGGGGUAUUUACUCUGCAAAGCUGAAGUUCGAAGAUGAUGACAAACGGUGUUACAUGGAACUCCCGUAUUCCUUCGAGAUCAAAAAAAGCAGUUAGCUGAGCAAACGCAGAGUUGAUGCACAUCUUUCUUGUCACCAUGCUAGGACUAUUCUACCCUUUUCCUCCAUUGUGUUCCCUCUCAUGAACUCUCUGUGAUCAUAUUUCUUUCUCUUACUUGAUCCACAGUUGAAAUGAGCAAUUGGUUUAUGGUUUUCCAUUUUUA